AUGACUGAGAAACAGAGCUUCGGAAGAUCAAUUCAGAUUCAAGGAUCUUAUGGUAUUCUUAUGGCCAUGAAAAGAGAGACUCUCACGAUUCUAAACAAGGUUAAAGACAAGCAACAGAGAGGAUCAACAAAGUUUGACAUUAAGCAUCAACUGUUAAAGACAAGUAACAGAGACAGAGAGGAUCAACAAAGUCUGCCAAAGCGCGCCAAGACAAAGGGCACUCGUAUCAAUCUCACACCUUCAGGUUUGUUUUUUGUAAACCGAAGCGUCGACAAGGUGGGGCUUCAUCUUGAUCUCUAG